UCUCCGAGUAGCGGCAGCUCCAGUCAGUCACAGUCCGCCGCAGCAGUCCGACAGUGCGGCCACUCGUGUUCUCGACGUCCGCGGAGCUCCACGGUUGUACGGCUAUGAUCUGAAGGCUCUCCCCGCGGACAUAAUAACAUUUACGGAUAUGAGGACACCUGCUACAGCCUGUUCUUCCAGACGGCGGAUCAGGAUCCCUGACGAGCAGCGCAUUUCUCCCAUUUCACCGAGCAAAUGAGAAAGGAGGGAGCUUUUUAAAGCCAUCCCCGUCUGAGCAGAUGCUGAGCAGAAGCAGAUAUUUCAUUUCGUGUCCUAAGGUAACGAGGCGAACCAGCGCGGAUUUUCCAAUUCACCAUGACAGUCCUGCUGACCUCCAUCAUUGAGGGACUACAGCCCUAUUUCUUCCUGGUUUCUGGAUUUAUCAUUGCUGGCAUGAGAUAAUAACGUGGCUCAGACCGUGAAUGCUGCUACUACAACACCUGUGGCAGUGUUAGACCCACCCCCUGUGACCCCUGACCCCUCCCUGAGCCAAGUUCACGUCCAGAGUGUAAAACAUGACCACUCCCGCCCUCUUGCCGCUGUCUGGCCGCAGAAUACCCACCCUCUCGACGGGCACCUCCUCGUUCCCCCAUCACAGGGCUACACUCAGGCUUUCAGAGAAGUUCAUCCUGCUGCUCAUUCUCAGUGCCUUCAUCACAUUAUGUUUCGGGGCCUUUUUCUUCCUUCCGGACAACUCUAAGCACAAGCGCUUUGACCUGGGCCUGGAGGACGUGCUCAUCCCACACAUCGACUCUCCCAAAGAGGGCAAGCAUGCCUCGGGACAGGUGGUCAUACAUGGACAGGGAGGACACGAUGAGUCCCGGCACAGGGAGGAGGAGGAAAGCCUGCGGGAUAAGAUCCGAGCAGACCAUGAGCGAGCACUGCAGGAGGCCAAGGAGAAGCUGCGAAAGUCCCGUGAGGAGCUCCAAGCUGAGAUCCAGACAGAGAAGACGAAGGUGGUGGAGGACUUAAAGAAGAAGGACCCAGGGCCAAAGCCUUUACCUCCGGUCCCCAUGCCCCAAGUGGUGGGAGUGAACGACGGAGAGCCACCAGAGCCUGAUGUCAAGGAGAAACGAGACAAGAUCCGAGAAAUGAUGAAACAUGCCUGGGACAGCUACAGACAGUACGGCUGGGGUCACAACGAGCUCAAACCUAUUGCUAAGAAAGGACAUUCCACAAAUAUAUUUGGUAAUUCCCAGUUAGGAGCCUCCAUAGUAGAUGCCUUGGACACUCUGUUCAUCAUGGGGCUCCAAGAAGAGUUCAAGGACGGACAGGAGUGGAUAGAGCAGAAUCUGGACUUCAGUAUAAAUGCCGAGGUGUCGGUGUUUGAGGUCAACAUCCGUUUCAUUGGAGGUCUCCUGGCUGCAUACUACCUCUCAGGACAGGAGGUUUUCAAGAUGAAAGCGGUGCAGCUGGCGGAAAAGCUCAUCCCUGCCUUUAACACUCCCACUGGAAUCCCCUGGGCUAUGGUCAACUUAAAGACUGGUGUUGGCCGUAACUGGGGCUGGGCCUCGGCUGGCAGCAGUAUUCUGGCUGAGUUUGGGACUCUACACAUGGAGUUUGUCCACCUCACCUACCUAACGGGCAACCCUGUGUACUACCAAAAGGUGAUGCACAUUCGUAAGCUGCUCGCCAAAAUGGACCGGCCAAAUGGUCUUUACCCAAACUACUUGAACCCUCGGACUGGUCGCUGGGGGCAACAUCACACCUCGGUUGGAGGACUGGGAGACAGUUUUUAUGAGUACCUGCUGAAGGCAUGGCUCAUGUCAGACAAGACUGAUACAGAAGCUCGCAAGACUUAUGAUGAUGCUAUAGAGGCCAUUGAGCGCCACCUCAUACGCAAAUCCAAUGGAGGCCUUACGUUCAUCGGGGAGUGGAAGAACGGGCAUCUGGAGCGGAAGAUGGGCCACCUGGCUUGCUUUGCAGGCGGGAUGCUCGCUCUGGGCGCAGAUGGCUCUCCUGAUGACAAGGCCGGACACUACCUGCAGUUGGGGGCCGAGAUCGCACACACCUGUCACGAGUCCUACGACAGAACAGUAUUGAAGCUCGGUCCAGAGGCCUUUAAAUUCGACAGCGGUCUGGAGGCAGUGGCAGUGCGUCAGAAUGAGAAGUACUACAUCCUGCGCCCUGAGGUGAUCGAGACGUACUGGUACAUGUGGAGGUUCACCCAUGACCCCAAAUACCGACAGUGGGGAUGGGAGGCUGCUCAGGCCAUAGAUAAGUACUGUCGUGUGAGUGGAGGUUUCUCUGGUGUGAAGGACGUCUACUCCUCUAAUCCCACCUACGACGACGUGCAGCAGAGCUUUUUCUUGGCCGAGACCCUCAAAUACCUGUACCUGUUGUUCUCCAAUGACGACCUGUUGCCGUUGGAGACCUGGGUGUUCAACACUGAAGCCCACCCACUGCCUGUGCUGCACUUGGGCAACAUCACUUUGCCGGGCAGUGAGCCGUCCCAGCGGUAGAGCCCACACUGGACACGCCCCCUCAGACUGUCCCAGGACAGACUGGAACUCUGUGACUCUGUUUUAAUUACACGGACGGUGACCAUAACCGACUGGAAUCAAACUUUCAUCUGAAGGACUGGGCUCCAAUCGCGGAGGCUUGAAUUAGUUUUUCUUAUUUUGAGUUGAUUUGACCAAACUUUGAUGGGUGAAGCCUGGAGGUGCUUCUAUGAAGGAUCAUGACACUUUGACACUGUCUCGCAGACAGAAGGACCGACAGGUGCGCACUUGACAGGGUCUGUUUUAAGUGUGGGUUUUUCAUUUCUCUGAAGGACAAAUCAUUACCAGGACACAGGGUGAGACUUGACGUCCUCCUCCCCCCUCAGCCCUGUCCCACUCCACCUCCUGUUAAACUCCACCUGAACUGAGCAGACCAUAAGAGGAGCAAACAUCUCCAUGACCUUUCACCUUCUGCUGCUGCUGGACUCUGCUCUUCACAGCUCUUUGACCAUAGCUUUCUUUGUGCACACCUUUUCUUAUCUCCCGUCCAUUUUGUACAUUUAGACCUAUCAUCUUUAUCUGUGUGAGCGAAUGUGAGAGUGAGAGUUAUUGACUCAGCUGCAAAGGUGCACUUUUUACUGUUGUGUCAGAGUUUAGGGGUAGCACUUAAAAUAGACCCAAACAUUUGUUUCUCAGACAAAUUGAGAGGAUUGUUCCUGCAAAUUACAGUUUACCGGAUGCAACCCCAGUGUUGUGUUAAAUUAUAACUGUCAUGUUUUAUGCAGCCUUCUGAUACUGUACUUUCAAACCAUACCUCAUGCACAUUUAAGAUCUUGAAUAACUAAGAAAUCUAAAACAUCUUACUAUGGCAAAGAGUAAAACAAGCAAUCAAACGUACUGUGGCCAGAUAGACAUCAAAUAUUUUUUGUGAAACAUUUUCUUUUAUUAUAUUUUACUGCUCUUUCUUUUAUUAAAUAAAACUUAAAAUUCAUCAGGGCACUCUUGGGGUCCUUGGGAAAAAAAAGUUGAAAAACAACUCAAGAACUCAAAUCAAACCUGCUAUCUGACUUCCACACUUGACAUCAUGUACUGUGUGAAGACUGCAGAAUAUCAGAUGACUUAUUUAGCUUUAUUAUCUUGGGAUUUUGAUGACGCGUUAUGUUUUUUAGGGGGUUACUUUGUGUCAUCCAUAUCAUAAGAGCUUGUUGGUUCUAUUAAACCACACAUCUCAAACACCCGAGCCCCCGAGGACCACAUAAAUUGCACCCUCAAUUUCCUCCAAGAAAAACCUGUAGUAAGAUCCUGUGUGUGUGAAUGUGUGAGAGACUGAACUACACGUUAUAAUCUGUGAUGUGUCCCUGGUUCUGCCGUUUGACUACUAAAGUUAAAGAGCAGGAAUUGCACUAAAGCUGAAGAAGUUUUGUUCAUUUCAAGCCUUAUCGUUUAAUGUGAAGCCAAUACUGUGCUCAGUUAUGUUCUUUACAACUGCAUUAUAGAUUAUGUUUCAUUUGUUUCUUUGUUUAUGCUCAUUUGAAUUCUUUGGAUUAUUUAAUAACUCAGAUAUCUUCACAAAUGCCUUAUCAUUUUUGAUUAUUAAAACUCCAAACAUAUCUUUGUGGCCAAAUUUGUCUAUUGCAAAAUAUUAAGAUUAAUUUAUACAAAAUCAAAUAAAAAUAUUGCAAUAUUUUAUUAUAGACCAGAUCUAAACCAACAAAUACACAUUAUUCACACUUGACAGCUGCUUUGUUUUUUUGUUUUUUUAAUUCUCACACAAAAUGCAGUGAAUUUUUCAAAAACAUAUUUUAAACAAAUUUGACUUUACAGUGUUACAACUUACAUAACUUUGAUCAACAACAUUCAACAUUUGUCCAUUUCCCACACCAACUGUAGAGCGACAGAAGUAAGAUACAUAUUUAAACUCUGUUCUCCUGGCAUCCCAUCAUGCACCAGUGGCACUCAUAGGAAAGCCCUGCCCCUUUUCUCUGACAUCACAAUGACAUCAUCCCCGGCUGACCCUGGGCUUCGCCGAGUCUCUGUGAGCGCGGAGGAUUUUGAAAAAUGAAAAAUGUUCUGUAUUUGUAUUUUUACUGAAGUGAAAAAAAUAAAAGUAUCUGUAAAUAUGUUUAAACUUAAACACAAUAAAGAUGUUAUGAAAAGUGA